GCGAUGCUGGUCACUCAGCUGGUGAAAGGAGAACAACUGAAAAUAAGUUAGCUGGUUUUCAAGAUUAGGAUGUCAAAACAAAGAGCAAAGACACAAAGAGAGAAAAAACAGUCGCUGUUACAUUCAGCUAUUUUGAGUCGAAAGCGAAAUGCAGUGAAUGAACCAGAGGACAUUAAAGGAGAAUAUCAAGUCAAUAAUAGUAGUAAAAGACGACAACAAGCUCAAAAUGAGGUUCACAGGGAUCUCAUUGGCCAAGAAGACAGUUGUUCGACAUCGGUAAUAAUUGGAAAAUCCAGUUCUGAACCAAUUCGCGAUGGUCAGCGAACACCUUCUGAUAUGUUAACUUCCCUUACCCUAAGUGAGUUUCGUGGACUGACAUGUAUGCUUACACCAGAAGCUUGUAGCAAACGAGUCUCACCACUGCCUCAUUUUUCCUGGGCGGAUCCCCAAGAGGUCUGGGAACUCAUGGUCUGUAAAGAUGCAGUUUAUCCUCGAGAUCCCAAAAUGCUACAUCGACAUCCUGCUCUACAUGCUCGAAUGAGAGCAAUUUUAUUAGAUUGGUUAAUAGAAGUUUGCGAGGUGUAUCGGCUCCACAGGGAAACAUUUUACUUAGCACAAGAUUUUGUAGAUCGUUACCUUGCCUCUCGACAGAAUGUACCGAAGCAACAACUUCAGCUUUUAGGAAUAACAGCCUUAUUUGUUGCGGCUAAAAUAGAGGAAAUUUAUCCACCCAAACUUUCAGAAUUUGCAUAUGUAACAGAUGGAGCCUGCACAGAGACCGAAAUCUUGGAGAAGGAACUGGUGCUUCUCAAGUUAACAGACUUGUGUAUCUUGGAUGUCGGAUGCCUCCAGUUUCCUUACAGUGUCUUAGCAGCUUCUGCGUUAACUCACAUUACAUCUGAAAAUCUUGCAGUUUGUGUUUCUGGUCUAACAAAGUGCGGGAUCUCGUCGUGUGUCCAAUGGAUGGCUGCGUUUGCCGCAACAUUGAAGGAAAAUGGUCAAACUAAGUUGUUUCACCAUGUGACGGUAGAUGACAUGCACAGUGUACAAACACAUAGUGUUGAUCUUCAGUUACUGGAAAAAGCACAAGCUCGACAACCAGAAACAAAUCCUUUCAUUUCACAAGUUAACCCACAGUUAGUGAAUGAACCUUUAACUCCCCAUCAGAGUAGCAAAAAGGAACCUUCAAGAUAUGAAUCUACACUGUGA